ACGUCAGUCUCUCCUCCAGCCGGGCAGGUUCCGCGGUGGCUCUGCUGUCUGCUUACUGGUGACUCCCCAGCUGCGCGCUGCGUAUCCGAGGAAACACUGGAGGUUUCCCCGUACGCGCUCUAGCAUUACAUUUUAGUCACGUUCAACAAAAAGGGCAGGAAUAACUUCACUAUACAGGACUGUGAGAAAAGCCCCGGUCCUCUCACUUUACAUCCACGCCUCCCUCUCUGCUUCCUAUAUUGUCUCUUUUUUUGUCUGUUUCAACGCGCUUAUCUCUUCAAACGUGUGAACAGCAUGACAGGAGGACUGAAGGACGGCGAGACAGAAGAGGAGUUUCUGCAUUCUCCGUUUAUCCGAAAACAAGGGAACAUUUACAAACCCAACAACAAAGACAUGGACAACGACAGUCUGAACGAGAAGACGAUGGAGGAUGUCCACACUAAAGAGAUCGACCUGGUCAACCGGGAUCCCAAACAUAUAAACGACGACGUUGUUAAGGUUGAUUUUGAAGACGUGAUUGCAGAACCCGCAGGGACCUACAGUUUCGACGGUGUGUGGAAAGCCAGCUUCACAACCUUCACCGUCACCAAGUAUUGGUGCUACCGGCUGCUGACGGCACUGGUCGGCAUCCCCUUGGCGCUGAUCUGGGGAAUUUUCUUUGCCAUUCUGUCCUUCCUGCACAUCUGGGCUGUGGUGCCGUGUGUCAAGAGCUACCUGAUCGAGAUCCACUGCAUCAGCCGCGUCUACUCUAUUGGGGUGCAUACCUUCUGUGACCCACUCUUCGAGGCCAUGGGCAAGUGCCUCAGCAGCGUCCGAGUCAGGAUGACCAAGGAGGUGUAGCAUGCCAAAAUCAGGAGGAUUCAAAAGAAGGGCAGAAGGACGGGGGUGGGCAGAGCAAUGGAGAUGGAGGGAAAAGUCAGAACAAAAAAAAAGAAGAAGAAAAAAUAGAAAACAAAAGUUGAGACUUUUCCAGAGUGGGGUGGGGGGGUUAGGGGGUGUGUGGAGGUGAAGGGGUGUGGUCAAUUGGCACCUAGCCCCGCCUUUAUCCAACAGCUGUUUUCUUCUGUUUUUCCUUUUUGUUUGUCUGUUUGUUUGUUUUUGUCUUCUCUAGUAUUUUUUUUUAAUUUCUCGCUGUUAAGUUUUUCGAGCAGGCGGCGAAGCUCCGUAUCUUGUUAUGAUGUAAAUUCCUUCCAUUCUUACUCUGUUUAUGGAGAGCUCAUCACAAGGAUUGAUUCAUGUGAAGGGGGGAUGUCGCCUUUCACACUUGUGUUUGUUUUUUGGAGCUGUAGGGCAGGGUAGGAUGGGGGGUGGGGGUGAUGUUGGGGUUGCGUAGGUCCAAACAGAGAGAAUGAGUGAGCGCUGCCAAAUUCUGUCUGACUCAGCAAAAAUAAAAGAACCACAUGCAGCCAGCAGCACAGAAGCACCCCUCCCUCUGCCCCACAUGACCUCCAACCCCCUAAAAGCAACCUCCCACCCCUCCCUCCCCUCCUGUUUUCCAACGGUCUGACACACUGAACCUGCCCUAGUUUCUGCAUGCACCUGCGUCACCUUGCCAGCAACUCACCGUCCACCACACCCGCACCAUGGCCGGAUGACCCGGAAGCAAUCUGCAUCUCAGCUCACUCACUCUCUACACCAGCUUUUUGCUUCACCUCAAACUAAAUUUCUCAGCGCAAGUUUUCUCACCUCGAGUGUAUGACAGAAAAUGUCUGAAUUUUACAGAACCUGAUUUUUUUUUAUUUUUUAGACAAACUCAGACUUUUUAUUUUUCGCUCAAGCUCCAUGCUUUAUCAUCAUAGCGCCACAGCAAAUUAUUAUUUUUUUCUACACUAUGAAAAUGAAGAACUUUGGGGGG